AUGACAGGACGAAAAACAAUUGAAUAUCGAUUGAAACCCGUCGGGAAAAAAUCUGUUCGUUCAUUUAAAAAGGUUCACAAUCGACUAAUCUUCGUUAGAAAUCAUUACGAAACGUCAGACGAGGAUGAAUCCUCAACAAUUGAAGUUAGUCAAUCAGUUCAAUCUGCUGAUAUCGAGCAAGAACAAAAAUUGUCAGGUAUUAAUAUUGAAAAUGAACCAAUGCCUAUCGAAAUAUAUUCUGAUGAAAAUCAAGGUCUUAUUGGAGACGUUGCACCUGGUACUACACAGUCAUCAAUAACUAUUCUUGCUUCACACGAUAAAUCUACAUCUAUGUCACCGACACAGACGAUGCCUGCCGUUGAAGAUGAUUCGUCAGAUUCAUUCUCUUCUUUGGUCUGUUCCAAUAAAUCUCAAUGUAUUCAUUCAUGUCGUGCUUUAUGUGCUCGGACAUUCCGAGAGAAUGUCAAGUUGAAGAAAGACAUUGAGUAUUAUAAACUACAUUGGAUGCCAAAACCUGCAGGUUCACAAAUGGAAUCGUUUACAAAACCAUCUGAAACUGAAAAGAUUGAUACAUGUUUAUCAACUACAAAAGCAAUUGAAAAAGAGUUAGAAAUUCAACGGAAAGUAGAAAAAAUUUGUCAUCGUUUGAAAAUAACGAAAAAGCAAUUGAAAAAGUGCAAAGAUCCUGUUGAUAUUACGAAAACCUGUCGAGAGAUUGUCAAGUGUAUUUAUCCUGAAACUGAAAUUCAAACAAAAAUGGCGUUGUCAAAAAUGUCAUCUGAACAAAAAUUCGAUAUUAUCGGUAAUUUCAAUAAUAAUUAUGAAAAAAGUAAUUAA